AUGGCACACCAAGCACACAACAUCCCCUGGAAUCUUUUAGCUUCGAAUUUUCGCUGGAGCACAAUCACUCACCAGGGCCAAAAAGUCACAAAUCUCCACCCUCGCAUGAAACCUAACCAGGGCAAAGAGAUCACGUAUUUUAUCAACGCUUUUAUUCGAACCAUCGAUGAACAUUCAGUAUGCGAGCGCAGGAAAUAUCCUGAUGUAUACGAACCAGUCGAUCCAUCAGAAGUUAUUCUAGACGAAGCCACAGUUCGGAAGAUUACCCCUACCGUUCGCAGAUGGCGUAGCUAUGGCUUCGGUGGCAGAUGUCCCAGUGGGAUAUGCCAAGUAUGGAAAGGGGAAGAGUGUCAAUGUAAUCCUAUCCCAGACGAAGAGAGGAAGGCAUCUGCGUUUCUUCGUCACCACGGCACGAGACACUGCUACCAGUUCUUGCAUGAGAACCAUGAAGCGUUCUUCAAUGUCGAAGUAGUGAAAACUUUACUUUUGUAUGGGGAGAUGGAUACUAUUUUGCGUGCGUGUGCGCUUCCUGGAGUGGAACUAGGACGUUGGUGGCAUGAUGGUGAAUGCCAGUGUGCGGAUUAUGUGCUUGGAUGGGACCAAGUGUGCAUUAAGGCUCUUAGGGCCUACAUUUGUCUGAACAUGACCUACUGCUUUCCAGAGAUAUGGGACAGCGACAGGGAUCCGGAAAUGGACUACCGUAACAGCAAGUUCUACCAAUUUACACUGAGAACAUGCACGGGCAAUGGGCAAGAAUCUGAGGUGACCACCUAUCCCCAUCGACAAUUCUUCGGGAUAGGCGACAAACAAUUCCGAGGCGAGUACGGUCCUCCUCAUAUCAGAGACACGCACUGGCUACGAUGGGUAGAUGAGAAGCUCCAUCUGGGCCGGAGGCGGUAUUACAUUCGUAAGCCCACCCAUUAUGGGAAGGUGCCUAUUGACCAGUUUCUUGCCCUGGAGAACGAAUCAUUUGAGGCCCAUCAGCCAGGUCUUUCCGACGUGGUACUCGUUCGCGAUUAUUUGUAUCGGAAAGGCCUGCCAGCGGAGCUAGUCUUGACGAUUAUGGAAUUCGCUGGGUAUGAAACAUUCGGACGGCUGGAUGAGCCUCAUGAUCCUUUUCAUCCGUCAAAUCGCGAGGAGUUAGCCCAGUAUCUCACAUAUUGUUGGCGACUACUAGUCUACUGCGACAUGAUGGCCAAGGCUCUCGGCAUGACGCUUCCAUGGGAGGAAAUUAUUGGCGAUUGUAUCGCUGACUUCUGGAGUGAUCACUGCUAUGGCCGUGGGAGAUUCUUCUGGUAUAAGAUGGACGAGUACAAUUGCCCGAUACACAAA